AGUAAGAGCCACAUACUGGGUACGACCUUCUUAUAUAAAAAGGCAGGAUUACGAGACGGAGAGUGUAACAGAACAGGAAACCAAUGAUUCCCAUAUGUCCAGUAGUCUCCUUCACCUAUGUGCCCAGCCGGCUAGGUGAAGAUGCCAAAAUGGCCACCGGCAACUAUUUUGGAUUUACCCAUGGUGCUGCGGCGCAGUACAGUCAGCAGCCGGCCGCUGGGGUAGCAUACACCCAUCCCACUACUGUGGCCAGCUAUACUGUGCAUCAAGCACCUGUGGCGGCACACACAGUGGCUGCAGCGUAUGCCCCUACAGCCGCCACUGUUGCUGUGGCCAGGCCAGCGCCAGUCGCUGUGGCAGCUGCAGCCACUGCUGCUGCUUAUGGCGGUUACCAGCCCACCCAUGCCGCCACGGAUUAUGGAUAUGCACAGAGACAGCCAGAGGUCCCCCCACCUCCACCACCUGUUACCUCGCAAAACUACCAGGACUCGUAUUCAUAUGUGCGGGCCACAGCUCCGGCUGUAGCGUAUGACAGUAAACAAUACUACCAGCAGCCUGCAGCUACACCGGCAGUGGCCGCUGCAGCAGCCCAGCCUCAACCCACGGUGGCUGAAUCCUACUAUCAGACAGCUCCAAAAACUGGAUACAGCCAAGGCGCCACUGUGUAUACCCAGACCCAGCAAACACGUCAGGUUACAGCCAUAAAGCCAGCAACCCCCAGCCCUGCUACCUCAACCUUCUCCAUUUAUCCAGUGUCCUCUGCUGUGCAGCCGGUCGCAGCCGCUGCCUCAGUAGUCCCAUCUUACUCUCAGAGUCCCACCUACAGCACCAACGCCGUCACUUAUUCUGGAACAUCAUACUCUGGAUAUGAAGCUGCUGUGUACUCCGCUGCAUCUUCCUACUAUCAGCAGCAGCAGCAACAGCAGCAGAAACAGGCGGCUGUUGCUGCAGCAGCCACUGCCGCGUGGACCGGCAGCACUUUUACAAAGAAAACUCCCUUCCAGAAUAAAAUACUCAAGCCUAAACAGCCCCCUAAACCACCGCAGAUACACUACUGUGACGUCUGUAAGAUCAGUUGUGCUGGACCCCAGACCUAUAAGGAGCACCUAGAGGGUCAGAAGCACAAAAAGAAGGAGGCCGCUUUGAAGGUGUCCCAGAACAACAGCAGCAGCAGUAGUGGAGGUGGAAGCUCCGCCCGCGGCACUCAGAAUCAGCUACGUUGUGAGCUUUGUGAUGUUUCCUGCACUGGGGCUGAUGCCUACGCUGCACACAUCAGAGGAGCCAAACACCAGAAGGUUGUGAAACUGCAUACCAAACUAGGAAAGCCAAUCCCAUCCACUGAGCCCAGUGUGGUUACUCAGGCCUCCACCUCCAGCUCGGCAACUCCUAAUAAGACUGCCAGCUCCACCAUCAACAGCUCCACAAGCAGCUCAAAUUCCUCUCUUUCCAAUACCUCUUACCUGAAGUCAGCCAGCAUGUGCAACAGCAUGGCACCUUCAGCCACACAGGGCAAGAGCACUGUGCCCAACAGUGCCGCAGUCAACUGCAGCACUGUCAAGAAGAUGAACACCCCCAAGAUCAACUUUGUUGGUGGAAACAAGUUACAGACCACUGCUGCAAAAAAUGAAGAGUCCAAGUUUGAAGCAGCUAAACUGACUCAGUCUGCUGUGGCUGCACCACUACCAGACUUAAAGAAUGAAACUCCUGAAUCUCUGUCACCUCAGUCAGCACUCACAGCUCUGCAGAGUGAUGUUCAGCCUGUCGGACAUGACUAUGUUGAAGAGGUGAGGAAUGAUGAAGGAAAGGUUAUCCGGUUCCACUGCAAACUGUGUGAAUGCAGCUUCAAUGACCCCAAUGCCAAGGAAAUGCAUUUAAAAGGAAGGAGACAUCGACUGCAGUAUAAGAAAAAGGUUAACCCAGAUCUCCAGGUGGAAGUUAAACCUAGCAUAAGAGCCAGGAAGAUCCAAGAGGAAAAGAUGAGAAAGCAAAUGCAGAAGGAAGAGUACUGGAGAAGACGUGAAGAAGAGGAACGCUGGAGAAUGGAGAUGCGGCGCUAUGAGGAAGACAUGUACUGGCGGCGUAUGGAGGAAGAGCAGCACCACUGGGAGGAUAGGCGCAGAAUGCCUGAUGGAGGUUAUCCACAGGGUCCACCUGGACCUCCUGGCCUCCUUGGAGUAAGGCCUGGGAUUCCCAUUCCACAGCCACAAGGACCAGUGCCUCCACGUCGCCCUGAUUCCUCAGACGAUCGCUAUGUGAUGACCAAACAUGCAGCUAUUUACCCCUCUGAGGAUGAGCUCCAGGCCAUCCAGAAGAUAGUGUCAAUCACUGAGCGAGCGCUUAAGCUUGUCUCUGACAUAAUCACUGACCAAGAUGGCGCAAAGGGCAAUGAAGAGGACAAAGAGAAGGAGCCUCCCAAAGACAGGGUUCUAAAAGGAGUGAUGCGAGUAGGCGUUCUUGCAAAGGGGCUGCUUCUGCGAGGAGACAAAAAUGUCAACCUGGUCCUCCUUUGUUCUGAGAAGCCAACCAAGAAUCUGCUCUCCUGCAUUGUGGAACAUCUUCCCAAACAGCUCAUGGUGUUAACACCAGAGAAAUAUGAGGUAAAAGGCUGUAUCCAAGAGUCUGCCAUUAUCCUUUCCUCCUGCACUGAGCCCAAGAUGCAGGUGACCAUCACCCUCACCUCACCCGUCAUCCGAGAGGAGAACACCCAUGAUGGAGAUGUAACCUCGAGUAUGGUGAAAGACCCAGCGGACGUCUUGGACAGGCAAAAAUGCCUUGACGCUCUGGCUGCCCUACGCCACGCUAAGUGGUUCCAGGCUAGAGCUAAUGGACUCCAGUCAUGUGUGAUUGUCAUUCGAAUACUGCGUGACCUUUGUCAGCGAGUACCUACAUGGUCUACCUUUCCUGGCUGGGCUAUGGAGUUGCUGGUGGAGAAAGCCAUCAGCAGUGCUUCUGGACCAAUGAGCCCUGGAGAUGCUCUGAGAAGAGUCUUUGAAUGUAUUUCCUCUGGCAUUCUGCUGUCGGGUGCUCCAGGAUUGAUAGACCCCUGUGAGAAGAAUCCAACAGACACGUUGGCUGCCAUGGAAGAGCAGCAGAGAGAGGAUAUCAUGUCAAGUGCUCAGUUUGCCUUGAGACUGCUGGCUUUCCGUCAGAUUCACAAGGUUCUGGGUAUGGACCCCUUGCCCCAGAUGAACUCUCGCUUCAAUGUACGAAAUAACCGCAAGAGGCGUCGUGACAACAGUGAUGGGGCUGAUGGCUUUGAAGCUGAAGGGAAGAAGGACAAGAAGGAUUGUGAAGGGUUCUGAAGUGCACUACUGUACAACUAGCUCUGCUCUCUCUGCACCAAUUACAGAUCUUUUCAUUCCGGAAUACAAAAUGUUAUGUUUGUUGACCCCUGUGCAUGCCAAUUACUACUUACUAGAAAUAUUUUAAGAGAUGGUAAAGACCCUGAUGAUUGCUGCUUGCAGAAAUGCUAGACUUUGUUUCCUUGACACAUAAAGUACAUCUCACUUGUUUAAAAACAAUAUAGUCUGUUGUCUUGGCAUUAUUUGAGAUUGCUCACAAACCAGAGAAUUUAAGCCAGAAGUUAAUGCUUUAAGCACUUUGGAUGUAAUAUUUCACUAUAUUUAGAACACUUAGUGGAAUUUUAGCUUAAGAUUUUAAGCUAGGUGUUUCUAGAACAAGACAGCCAAGUACUAAUGUCAGUAUGGAAGAGAUUCUUUCUUUACAUUUUGUGACAAAGGAUAAGAUAGGCUUUAAAGUAACUUUGACAAUGGCUUCCUUAGCUUAGCAAUAAAUUGGCUAGGUGUUUUCGUAAUUAUAUUUUUGUUAUAGACAUUCCUUUUUAAAACCACAAAAUCAAAGAUUAAAUGAGAUUCAUCCAUUAGUCAUAUUGUGAUUACAUUUGACUUGAGUGCAGAUUUAUUCAAGCAUGUAUUUCACUAAAAGGCUGGGCUGGCUGUUAACAUUUAUAAAUCGCAACAUUGCCUAAUAAUAACCUUUUAAACAUGUUUCUCCUAUAAACCUGUUUCUCCUAUAUGCUUAAUGCAAGUGGUGUAAAGCUGAACUUGUCAAAGUUAGGGUGUAAUUGUGCUCUGAUAUUCACAGGCCUCUGUGGUGUAGCUGUAUUACAUUUCUUAAAAAGACACUGAUUCAUGACGUCCGACCUGGGCCAAAUACCAAUAUCCAAGUGAUCUACCCAUUGUUUUGUGACUUCAGCGCUAAGAUAAGAAGUUAGAGGUUUGUAAUAUUAAUAAAUCUAUUGAGUCACCAAGUUACCUGCUUCAGAUCUGUUAAUCGUAUUUGUAUGUAUACAAGCAGUGAACAGUGGUGUACUGUAAGGUCAAAGACUUUUAUUUUAAUUGACCCAGGUCUGCCUGUUUAUGUGUUGUAACCCCUAAAUGUACAUACAGUAUGAUCAUAUAACUGUGAUCUCUAAUAUAUGAUCAUUAGGUCAUAUAAUCUUAACAAUAGAUCUUCAAAAACAAAUGCCUGUAUGGUUUUAAAGCACAGGAAUGUUGUUUUAUUUUUAUUUUUUUUAUGGAUUUUGUUUUACUGAUUUGUAGAUGAGUUGUUGCUUGCCCUUAAUUUUGGUUUGUCAAAUCUAUUGAAAAUGAGAGGGACACAAGUGAAAUUUCUGUGUUGUAACUGCAGAUUGAUGUAGACUUAAGCUUUGAUUCUUUAUUCCUGUCAAGGUACUACAUUAUAAUGCAUAUAAUAAAGACAUUU